CAGCACAACAACUUCUGCUGUGGUUGCCGUUGCACGUUGUUGAGCGUGCGUGAACCGCUACGCCCGGCGGCCCACAAAAUCACCCAUGCUCCUUCAUCGCUUCCUUGCAAUGUCUGCACUUGCGUCAUAAUGCGGCAGAGGUGCACGCACGCCACACCCGAGACACACGCAGCAAUUAGAAGAAAAAAAGAAGAGAAAGGCGGCGAAAGUGAGCGGCACCACGCAAGAGAAAACAGCAGCACAGAAAGUCCCUUUGCAGGGGCGGGGGGGAGAGGGACUCCGUGGGGUCCUCCCCACCCCCACCCCAAGCACCCCCUGCUGGAGUGCCAUCGUGUGGCGGGGCCGUGA